UCCACACAGUCAACAUCAUCUCUGCAAACAGCAAAGCCAGACAACUCUCGCAAGGAUUACCAUGACGAGCAUCUGCAGCAGCAACUUCCAGCAGCAGCACUAUCAGCUGACCAACGGCAACAUGAUGUUGCUGCAACACCACAAUCAACAGCAGCAACACCAGCAGCUGAUUGCCCCCAAAAUGCCAUUGGGCACCAGCCAACUGCAGAAUAUGCAGCAGGGUGGCCAGCAGCAAUCGAAUGUGGGACCCAUGAUGUCGUCGUCGCAGAAAAAGAAGUUCAACUACAACAAUAUGCCAUACGGCGAGCAGUUGCCUUCGGUGGCAAGGCGAAAUGCCCGUGAGCGCAAUCGUGUCAAGCAGGUUAACAAUGGAUUUGUGAAUCUCCGCCAGCACUUGCCACAGACCGUCAUCAAUUCGCUGUCGAAUGGAGGACGUGGUGCCAGCAAAAAGCUAUCCAAGGUGGACACUCUGCGCAUUGCGGUCGAGUACAUUCGAGGACUGCAGGACAUGUUGGACGAUGGCACUGGCACGUCUCGUCCCAUUUACAAUUCGGCCGAUGAGAGCAGCAACGAUGGCAGCAGCUACAACGACUACAACGAUAGUUUGGACAGUCCGCAGCAGUUCCUGCUGGGCGCCACCCAGUUGAACUCCGUCCAAGCGCAUUCGUAUCACUCCGCCUCGCCCACGCCUUCGUAUUCCGGUUCCGAGAUCUCCGGAGGCUAUGUCAAACAGGAGCUACCCGAGCAGGACCUCAAAUUCGAGUCCUUCGAUAGCUUCAGCGACGAGCAGCCCGACGACGAGGAGCUCCUCGACUACAUUUCAUCGUGGCAGGAACAGUGAGUGGAUCUCACCAGAACCAAAACCCCCACAAAAACACAAAAAAAAAAACCAAAAAACAACUUGUACAAAUUGUAAAUAACUUAAACUGUUGCCUUAGUGAGUGGAAAGACCAACAAAAACCAAGUCCCAGAUUCUACAAAACCUUUUUUUUUUGAACUAGUUUAAGACCAUGGAAGACAAUGAUAUAAAACACAUAUUUUUUUCAUAGUUCUAAGUUUUGUUAUAAGCAUGGAAGA